AUGCAAACAAUUACAGAGAAUUUUUAAGGCUAGGCAUACAACAGCUAUUUGAUUGUGAAAUAAAAUGCCACAAUUACUAAUAUAGACUCUUCUAAUUGCUACCUGUAUAGAUCAGUUAGUGAUGCAAACUAUGAUCUUAACUUUGUAAAUACGUUUCUCUCAUAGGACAACACUUACUAUCAUGAUAGGUCACGAAAUGUUUUUUAGAAUUUAGCUGCAGUUUAUUUUAUUUUAUUUGCUUUACAAAUUAUAGUCCUCAUAGCUAUUGGUUAUAUUUAUAGUUAAAAAGAUAAUUUUUAUGAGAUUGACACGGGCGUUAGCUUUGUUGAAAAUAGUUCAAGUGUUGUAAACUAUUAUUUAGGUACUAUCUUGAUGCCAAUACUUGUUAUUGACUAUAAUUCAGACUGUCUAUAGAAUCAUUUUACCUUCUUUUAUAUUGAUCCUUUCUUUCCCUACUAUUUCUCUAUAGUGAUGAUGAUUAUAUUAGUAGUCAUGUUGGCUUUCUGUUGUCAUUAUAGGGUAUCUAUGCCUUUGCUUUUAAUAGCUUGUAUGCCACUUGUAUUUAAAGAAUGUGAUAAAAAAAGUGAUGAUGCCUGUGGCUGUUUUUUAUUUUUUCUCUCCAUUUUUCUAAUAACAUUGAUCUUUUAUCCAACACUUUACUCAAUAUUGAACAACUAAGUAUCUAUUACAUUCUCUAGUAUUUUAAGUACCAUCGUUUGUUUUUUAAGUGGAGUUAAAGACUGUUUCAGAAAAAAGGGAGAGAGAAUUCCAACUUCAGACAAUAAUUGA